AGGUGGGGAUUGAUGCUUCUGUUUUUUGUUGCCGCUGCUGCCCUCGCGCUGGGAGCCGAGCCGGAGGGAAGGCGGUGGAGAGAUGAUUGCAGAGUUGGUGAGCAGCGCUCUGGGGCUCGCCUUGUAUCUCAACACGCUGAGUGCGGAUUUCUGCUACGAUGACAGCCGUGCUAUCAAGACUAAUCAGGAUCUUCUCCCAGAAACUCCAUGGACGCACAUUUUCUACAAUGAUUUUUGGGGGACUCUCCUAACCCACAGUGGCAGCCACAAGUCCUACCGGCCACUCUGCACUCUUUCUUUUCGCCUGAACCAUGCCAUUGGAGGGUUGAAUCCCUGGAGCUACCAUCUUGUCAAUGUCCUGUUGCAUGCAGCAGUCACUGGCCUCUUCACAAGCUUCUCCAGGAUCCUCCUUGGUGAUGGAUACUGGACCUUCAUGGCUGGCUUGAUGUUUGCCUCUCACCCCAUUCACACGGAGGCAGUGGCAGGAAUCGUGGGCCGAGCCGAUGUCGGGGCCAGUCUCUUCUUUCUUCUCUCCUUGCUCUGCUACGUUAAACACUGUUCUACAAGAAGCUACUCAGCCAGGACUUGGGGCUGGUUCCUGGGGACGGGACUGUGCGCAGGAUGCAGUAUGUUGUGGAAGGAACAAGGAGUGACUGUUCUUGCAGUUUCAGCCGUUUAUGAUGUCUUUGUCUUUCACAGGCUGAAAAUGAAACAGAUCUUACCUACCAUUUACAAAAGGAAGAACUUGUCUCUUUUUCUCAGCAUUAGCUUGUUAACUUUCUGGGGGACCUCCCUUUUGGGUGCCCGGUUAUACUGGAUGGGAAACAAACCACCGAGCUUUUCCAACUCUGACAACCCAGCUGCCGACUCGGACAGCCUCCUGGCUCGCACGCUCACCUUCUCCUACUUGCCAACCAAGAACCUCUGGCUGUUGCUAUGCCCGGACACCCUCAGUUUUGAUUGGUCAAUGGAUGCUGUGCCUCUGCUCAAAACAAUUUGUGACUGGAGAAACCUACACACUGUGGCCUUCUAUACUGGACUCCUCCUCCUGGCCUACUACGGUUUGAAGAGCCCAAGCGUGGAACGAGAAUGCAAUGGGAAAGCUGUCACAAAUGGCAGGCAGAAUGCAAAUGGACAUAGCUGCCAUUCAGAGGUGGAGUACCGGAACUCAGAGAUGAAACCCAGCUUUGCAUCCAAAGUAGAAAAUGGCAUUAAAAAUAAUGCAUCCCAGAGAACACAACUUCCUUCUACCGAGAACAUUGUUGUUCUGUCUUUGUCUUUGUUAAUAAUACCCUUUGUUCCUGCCACGAACCUGUUUUUCUAUGUCGGCUUUGUAAUUGCAGAGCGAGUAUUAUAUAUUCCUAGUAUGGGCUUCUGCCUCCUGAUUACAGUGGGUGCCAGAGCCCUUUAUGUCAAAGUCCAAAAGCGGUUUCUCAAGAGCUUGAUUUUUUAUGCUACAGCUACAUUAAUUGUUUUCUAUGGACUCAAGACCGUGAUCAGGAAUGGAGACUGGCAGAAUGAGGAAAUGCUCUAUAGGUCAGGGAUAAAAGUAAACCCAGCUAAAGCAUGGGGUAACCUUGGAAAUGUUCUCAAGAGUCAGAGCAAAAUUUCUGAAGCUGAAAGCGCCUACAGAAAUGCUUUGUACUACCGCAGCAAUAUGGCUGACAUGCUUUAUAAUUUAGGGUUACUUCUACAGGAGAACAGCAGGUUUGCAGAAGCAUUGCAUUAUUAUAAAUUGGCCAUCGGGAGCAGGCCUACCCUGGCUUCUGCAUAUUUGAACACUGGUAUUAUUCUAAUGAACCAAGGAAAAACUGAGGAAGCCCGUCGCACGUUCCUAAAGUGUUCUGAAAUCCCGGAUGAAAACUUAAAAGACCCUCAUGCACACAAGAGCUCUGUUACCAGCUGUCUGUACAACAUGGGAAAACUCUAUCAUGAGCAGGGACGGUAUGAGGAAGCCCUUAGUGUAUACAAGGAAGCAAUUCAGAAAAUGCCAAGGCAGUUUGCUCCACAGAGCCUGUACAACAUGAUGGGUGAAGCGUACAUGCGAUUAAGCAAACUCCCUGAAGCAGAACAUUGGUAUAUGGAAUCACUGAGAUCCAAGACUGACCACAUCCCUGCUCAUCUUACCUAUGGGAAACUGCUGGCUCUUACAGGUCGUAAGAGUGAGGCUGAAAAGUUCUUCUUGAAGGCUAUUGAGCUGGAUCCCACCAAAGGAAACUGUUAUAUGCACUAUGGUCAGUUUCUUCUGGAAGAUGCUCGUCUCAUAGAAGCAGCUGAGAUGGCAAAAAAAGCAGCUGAACUAGACAGCACGGAGUUCGAUGUUGUCUUCAAUGCUGCCCACAUGCUCAGACAGGCUAGCCUCAAUGAAGCAGCAGAGAAGUAUUAUGAUCUGGCAGCCAAGCUAAGGCCUAAUUAUCCAGCUGCUCUAAUGAACCUGGGAGCCAUUCUGCACCUCAAUGGCAGACUCCAGAAGGCCGAGGCCAACUACCUGCGGGCGCUGCAGCUCAAGCCGGAUGACGUCAUCACACAGUCCAAUCUCCGCAAACUCUGGAACAUCAUGGAAAAGCAAGGCUUAAAGACUUCCAAGACCUGACACAGGACAGAACUUCACCCUCCUCCAUUUUUAAAAGCCGGCUUCAUUAACAGAACUUCCCAGCGGUGUUAUGACAAGA